AUAACUCAACAACGUGCCUGUUACCAAACAAAUCGAGUACCAACAAGAAUCGGUCGAGAGGAAUAAAAGACGACUUUGAGAUCUCACUUCAUUGUGUCUUGUGAACACAGACAUGGGGCACACAUGCAUCCACUGGUUCCGUAAAGGUCUGCGGCUGCACGACAACCCGGCUCUGAUGGCCGCUCUGAAGGAUUGCAAGAAGCUCUACCCGGUGUUCAUCCUUGAUCCAAAUCUCCUUAACAAGAAAAGGGUGGGCAUCAACCGCUGGAGGUUCCUGCUUGGGGCGCUCAAAGACUUAGACUUCAACCUCAGGCAACUCAACUCCAGGCUAUUUGUUGUCAGAGGCAAGCCAGAGGAGAUGUUCCCCAAACUGUUCAACAAAUGGCAAAUAACAACGUUGUCGUACGAGUAUGACACAGAGCCUUACAGCUUGUCCCGUGACCAGAAGGUGGCCACGCUAGCCAAAGAACAUGGCGUGGAAGUCCUUUAUAGAGUGUCCCACACACUUUAUGAUAUCAACAGAAUCAUUGAGGAAAAUAAUGGCAAAGCCCCCCUCGCAUACAACCGCAUGCAGGCAAUAGUGAAGACCCUCGGCCCGCCGAAGAAGCCAAUCCCUGCUCCCACUGCAGAGGACAUGAAAGGUGUGAAGACCCCUCAUUCUGAAGAUGACGCAAACAAAUAUGCGAUCCCGUCGCUGGAUGAGCUCGGUCAUGAUAUAGCGGAACUCGGAGAGGAACCUUUCCCAGGAGGAGAACAAGAAGCUUUGAGGCGACUAGAGGAAAAUAUGCAAAAUACUGGAUGGGUGUGCGGCUUUGAGAAACCCCAGACGUCUCCCAACUCUUUGAGCCCGAGCACCACGGUCCUCAGCCCUUACAUCACAUUAGGGUGCCUGUCUGCACGCACGUUCUGGUGGAGGUUGACCGAAGUCUACCAGGGGAAAAAGCAUUCCGAUCCACCGGUGUCCCUGCACGGACAGUUACUGUGGCGAGAAUUCUUCUACACGGCCAGUGUCGGCAUCCCCAACUUCAACAAGAUGGAGGGCAAUCCUGCUUGCAUUCAAAUAGACUGGGACACAAACAAUGACUACCUGACCGCUUGGAGGGAGGCUCGGACUGGUUACCCCUUCAUUGAUGCCAUCAUGACCCAACUUAGACGAGAAGGAUGGAUCCAUCACCUGGGCAGACAUGCUGUGGCCUGCUUUCUCACAAGAGGAGAUCUGUGGAUCAGCUGGGAGGAAGGGCAGAAGGUGUUUGAGGAGCUGCUGUUAGACGGCGACUGGGCUCUCAAUGCGGGCAACUGGCAGUGGCUCUCAGCCAGCACAUUCUUCCACCAGUACUUCAGGGUCUACUCUCCUGUGGCCUUCGGCAGGAAGACUGACAAAGAUGGAGACUACAUCAAGAAGUACCUUCCAAUCUUGAAGAAAUUCCCCACUGAGUACAUCUACGAGCCUUGGAAAGCUCCAAGUAGUGUGCAGAAGGCAGCAGGGUGCAUUGUGGGUAAGGAUUACCCGCUUCCCAUUGUGGACCAUAAAAUCAUCAGCAAGAAGAACUUAAAUAGGAUGAAGUCGGCCUACGCCAAGAGGUCCGCCGACACUCAAGAAUCGCCCAGGAAGAAAGGAGGUGUGAAGCGAAAGGCCCCCUCCGUUGUGGAAAUGUUGAACAAAAAAGCAAAGAAAUAAGUCAAGCUAACAGUCCUUUAGUUAGCUAUUCUUUUAAUAGGUUACAUUGGUUUAGUUGUUUACAUUGGUUAUACUGUUAAGUGCUUGUUUUUGUUGGUAUUUUGAUAUGCAUGUUUCUUAAUACCUUUGUAUAUGUUGGUGUACUGUGGAAAAGUCAUGUUUGCUUUUAUUCUCGCCAUACUGGAAUGUUUGGGCCGACAUUUGUAUUUAAAGACAUGACAUGCUUUUUCCAUUAA